AUGGAGGUCGACGAGUGGGUGGACACCGGCGAGGACGACGACGCCGACGAGGAGGAAGAGGAAGAGGAGGAGAGCGCAGCGUCUUCUGCGAGGAACUCGUCCCUGUGCACCAACGACCAGCCCGUCCGGGAGGACGAGGCCAUGGAAGAAGCUCCCAUCCGGGAUCCUCUACGCGAGCGCACACCAAGUGUCACGGCUGCGGUGUCCAGCCUGCUGUCGUUCGAUGAGGUGAUCGACUUCAAGGCGUCUGGUGUCCUCUCGUCAACCUAUCCGGGAUCUCAAGAGGUUGUCAACAUCCUGCCUUCACGCCACAUUCUCCCGCCCAAGCGGCUUGGUGACGGCAACUCCUAUCUGGUCGGUGUUCCUGCACACCCACUGGCGUAUCAGUCGGAGCGCUACAUCCAGGAGGGGUAUGGUGACACGGAGGCGUUGACAAUCUUCGACGGCUUCUCCGCCCAGGCCCUCUAUGACCUGGGUAACCUGAACACUUCUUAUCCUCCUUAG